AUGGCGACCAAGAGCCACCCAAACCUGGUGAGGCUGCUGGGGUACUGCUUUGACAUGAGCUACGAGGCGGAGCGCAUGGAGCAGAUCGUGGUCUAUGAGUUCAUGGCCAAUGGCGACCUCGACCGCUGGAUCGGAGCUGACGCACCCCACCCGCUCACGAUGCAGCAGCGGCUGGGCAUCCUGACGGGCAUGGCGCGGGGGCUGGAGUAUCUGCACGGCUUCAGCAUCGUGCAUCGCGACAUCAAGCCUGCCAACGUGCUGCUGGACGCGCGCAUGCACGCCAAGCUCGCUGACUUUGGGCUGGUGCGACUUGGGGAAGGUACAUCUGUGGCCGCUACCCGAGUCAUGGGCACGCCGGGCUAUGUGGACCCCGCUUACUACCGCUCCCACAAGGCCACUCCCAAGGCCGACGUGCACAGCUUUGGAGUGGUGAUGCUGGCGGUGAUCACGGCUCGCAAGGCCAUCUACAACAUCGAGUCAAACCAAGUCAACCUCAAGCAGUGGGUCUGUCUCACACCAAAACCCAUUGCCUCUUCUCGAAUACCUAUCCUCCUUUUCAUGACGUCUGCAGCAGCCCUAGUGGCAGCAGGGGACGUGGCGGCCCUCAAAGACCCACACCUGCAAGCACCGGACGACCUGGUGCUGCGCAUGGCACGCCUGGCGCUCACCUGCACCGCCAUGCCCACGGCGUCUCGCCCGGGCAUGAGCCGUGUGCUGGCAGAGCUGCUGCUGCUCAAGGAGGAGUUCUUCGGGGAGGACGAGGACCGCAUGGCUGUUAGGAUUGACCACGAGAUCGAGAGCUCCGAGCAGGUCGACUUCAGCUUGGAGCUGGCUCGUAUUGAAGGCAAUCAACAUGGUAGUUAG